AUGUCGGUCCUUCCUGUCGGGGUAGACCGUGCUGCGAUUCAGGAGCUGGAGGAGCUUUUCCGGUCCGCGGACCCCGCCAACACGGGUCUGCUCUCGUACACCGAGUUCGCCUAUCUCAUCCUGCGCAGCGGAGGAACGCAGGAGCAGGUGGACGCCUUGAUUGAGCAGUUCGCCGGGUCGUCGCGUUCGCAGCGGGUGGUGUACUACGGGGCACUGCUGGAGCAGCUGUAUGACUCUGUGGAAGCAGCUGCAGACGCGCACGGCGCUGUCGAAAAUGGCGGUGCGAGACACAUCUCAAGCCCGUUACUAAGGACAUCCUCGCUCGACCGCGCCUCUCUCAAGCCGCCCCUUGAUACGUCUGACAACUCUCCGUUGCCGAUUCCUCCGGUACCGACCUGCGCCGCACCGUCGUCGUGGUACCCCCCACCCCCGCCAAUCCCUGGCGGUGGUGUCACUGCUGCUGCUACUGCUGCUCCUCCUGACGUCAUCGGCACACGUCGGCAUGACACCCCUCCUGCAGUGUCGUCCUGCUCACCAUUCUACAGGUCGAUCACACAUGCCGGCGCCAGCGGCAGCGGCACCUCCACCCUUGGCUCGCGUGAGUCGUCCACUGCAACCCACGCAACAUACACCGCACUCCACGACCGUCAGCUGUCUCAACUUCGCAGCAACAGCAGCCGUGCCUCCUUCUCCAACCCGCCCAGCGGCCCGUCUUCUCCGUACUCCUCACGGUUUGUCGAGUUUGCGCUUCGAACUGCCACAGCGGCGGCGGCAGUGCCGCUUCAGCAGCAGCGACUCGGUCGCGCGCCGUCACGAGGCAGCACACACCCGAGCCUGUCAGCGUCCAGAUCACGAAGCCGCGACGGCUUGCGUAGCACUGCUCUCACAGGAUCGCCGAUGGUGGGUACAGAACACGGUGAGAGUGCGCGGGCGCACAGUGCCAUGUCGGCGCCGCACGACGCUGCAGGCACUAGUCGCUACCCUUGCUCUCUACGUGUGUACCACCCGACAUCGGUGGAUAUCGAGCGCCGUCAUCGAGAGAGCUCCACAGAGCGCAUGGUGCGCGCAGCAGUCGAAGUGAGUAUCCACGGCAGAUCGCAGCCCUGCUUCGAUGCCGAAGGCCGUGCAGGUACAGGCAAGACCCACGAAAGUGAAGAAAAGCGCGGUUCAAGUGUUACUCGUGUGCCACCUGGCGCACAGCCCGCCGCAUCGUCGUCUUCCGGUGCACCCGCGCUUCACUUUACUGCCACCCAUCGUGCUAGCCACACCGCUGAGCCGCGAGCGAAGAGCACCAGCGCGUCCUUCACCGAAUAUCGUGCAAGUGAAUCGGACCUGUGUCAUGUAAACCCUAGUGGCCACAGCAGUCACUGCAACUCCGCCGCCACGGCAUCACUUCUAUCGCUGCGAGACAUUUUUCAGCGUUACCUGGCGCCAAAAUCGUCGCGUGACGGCACAGUGCUGCUGAGCGAGUUGGAGGAAACACUGACUAGGCGUGGGGUGAAUGUACACCCGCUAGAGCUGGAGGCCGUCGCCGACUCGCUGGAGCUGAGCACGGUACCGGGGGCCAUCGAGCGCCAUGGCAGUACACAACAGCACCACAGCUUCAGCACAAGCCUAAGCAGCGGUUUAGGGGCGCUGGUCGCUACGGCUGGAUACACACAUGGUGGCCCAUCGCAUCAUUGGACGUCCGUCAAUGCCUCUGGAAUGGAUAGCACGGACGCCUCCGCAACGACGGCGAGCCGAACCACCAUUACCGGCGGUGCAGAUCGAGCACUGAACCUGGUUGACUUUUGUGUGCUCGUCUCGCGCCUGCGCCCGGCGCUCAUUCAACACAUUCGCAGCCCCAGUUUGUGGGAAAGCACAACAUCCAUCGAAGCAGUCAAGGCACUGCGGAGAUGUCAGCCUCCGACGGGCAACGACCGGCUCGGAGGUCGUGCAGUUGGGGAGGCCAAUGACGGGGACAGAGACGACGGCGCCAGCAUUGCAGACGUAACGGUGUCGCCUAUGACCCCAACAACGACCGCUCCUGCGACGCCCCGGUCCACCACGUCCUCGUCGAGCCCGCAGCCACGCUCCUCCGCGCAGCAUCAUCGUCAGCAGCAGCGCUCUCUUGUGCGGCACCGUUUCUCCGACCCGCGCCGCUCACUGAGUGCGACCAAGAUGCGCGGCGCGGCGGAAUCGACAGUGUUAUCCGCGGCGCUGCCCACGGCCCGCCAGCUCUCCGCCGAUCAGCAGUUCUCCGUCGAGCACGCGCAGCGUGAACCACAACGCAGUCAGCCAAGGAACGAGAGGGGCGACGACCACCAUGGCUCUGCCAGAUAUGCACACCCAACUGUCGUUUCCCAACAGCGGCGCAGUGGGCUGCACGUACCGUCAAUCACAACAGCCCCGCUACGCCGCACCAAGGUGCCUCUCUGGCAGGAUGAACUGCGCGCCAGCGCACGCCGCAGCCACACCAGCGCCGCUCACUUGCCGUCGUCCACAUCACGGGGUAGCUCGGGUGGCUCAAUCUCACCCGACGAGCGCCAUUAUCCGCAGGAGCCGCGAUCGCGCUGCGCUGAUGUUUCUCUCCGCAAUCCCGCCAGUGAUCUUUCCACUCGCGUCGUGCGUGAAGAGUGGGGUACCCGCCUCGCAUCUCGUGAUGCUGGGGGGACCCUUGCGCCUUCACCAACGACGGCAUCGGCACAGUUCUCGCCGACGUGCAGGUCACCGCCGUCGCCGCCGUCAGCAAGCAAAUGGGGGUCGCCUUCCUCGACGCUGGCGCCGCGCCUCCUGGAGGCACUUCAAAGCGCCUCGUUGGCGCUGCUGCGCCGCUGUACCCAGCUGGACAGUCGGCGCACAGGGCGCAUUGCACCGAGUACGUGGCUACGCGUACUGCGAGAAGCUUGUCCGACUUUGACUGAUGCAGAGCGACUCCGUGCGCAAGAAUGGAUUCGGGCAAGAGGGCAGGGGUCGGCCAGUGGCGACGACUACGCGGCAGUCGUAGAGGACAUACUAACCGAGGCGAACCUCGCCCCUCUCAGCCCCGCGUCUGGCACGAAGCGCAGCGCCGUCUGGCGUGGUGACAGUACCGCAGCAGCCUCGUCGCCUCACACCGACGCCACUCGGACGUACAGAAGUCCUCAAGAGCAAGGCACGGCUGGUACGAGGUCGCCGGUGCCACCCCCGUCGGCCGUAAAGGGCGCCUCGACAGCUUCCAGCCUCUCUGCAACGAAGCCGCUUGCCACCGUACGCCGCAGACCGAGGGGGCGCGCAUCCGCCUCCGCAUCACCCGAUACCUCAGCGAGGGCUCAGAGAACUGACGCGGAUGCAAAACGGCUGCUUGCGCACGAGCUGAUGACCGCCUGUGGCGGCGACACUGAGGCACUCGUAGAGUACUUCCGGGCCUUUGAUGUGGCAGACACGGGGCUCCUCGACGAGCGCGUGUGGCGAGCCAGUUUGGAGGAGCUGUUUCGACGGACAGAAGGUAAGGAGGCGCCAGCAUGGGUCGUGGGUGGGUGUGUGCGCCUCUCGCGUAUGCCCCUGGAGAUAACGGCUGCCACACCGUCGCAGCAGCGUGGCACACCACUGCCAGCUUCCCCUGUGCUCUCCGCAGCGCGCGCACGCGUCUCGCGCGUGCCACCAGCGAUGCGCCGCAGGUUGUGUGAUUACCGCUACGUCUUGGAAGAGCUUGGCGUCCAUGCCGACGGGUAA